AUGGCCCGGGGUAACCAGAGAAACCAGUCCCGCAAGAGAAAUGAAGAACAAAAGAAGAAACUGAAUAAAACGAAGACUGUUGUCGGAAAGGGUGGUUUAUCAGCCAAAAAGGAGAUGGAUGCUGCUCAAAUGCGAGCAAAGCAAGCGUUGGCCGACCAAAAGAAAGAAGCCGAAGCACUUGCAGCAGCCAAGAAGAAAUGA